AGGUUUCACAGGAAAGUGUGGCAUUCACGACCCAGCGCUCAUGCAGUACAGACCGUCCACAGCCUCUGGCCAGAUCUCAAACACAAUCAGAGAGAGAAAGAGAGAGAGAGAGAGAGAGAGAGAGAGGAGAGCAGAUGUGGUGAGUGUGACAGAGGAGGGAACAGUAAGGUGAACUCUAAAGGGGAAUCCUGAGAGCAGAAAGGCGAGUAAGGACACAGAACUUUCCACUGCUUGCAUCCUUUCGCUAUUUUACCACAUUCCCAAGCUUUUAAACAUGGAAGUGAUUGAAGACCGCCAUCUGCACCUGGAGGUGCCUGACCCACACAGAUCCCUUACUGAGAUCUCAGAAGAUGAAAUCAACCUCCCAGCCUCUGAUGAUGAAGAUGAGGCCAUCGUCGAGAACAAAGCAAAAGCUGCUGAUGAGAAAGAAGAGGCAGGUGAGGGAGACAAAGGUGAGAUGAAUGGAGUCAUGGUCCUGGCGCUGCUGGACAAAAUCAUUGGGGCCGUGGACCAGAUCCAGCAGACCCAGGCUGGGCUGGAAGUCCGUCAGCGGGAGAUGGAGAGAUCAGUGACGGGCAUCCAGGGGGAACUCACCAAACUGUCUAAGAGCCACACCACCACAGCCAACUCGGUCAAUAAGAUGCUGGAGAAGGUGCGGAAAGUGAGUGUGAAUGUGAAGACGGUGCGAGGGAACCUGGAAAAACAGGCCGGGCAGAUCAAACGCCUGGAGAGCAACGAGAACGAACUUCUGAAGAGAAGAAACUUCAAAGUCAUGAUCUACCAGGAUGAAGUGAAAAUACCUUCAAAAGUCAAUGUGGCCAAGUCCAUGAAGGUUCCAGAGCCUGUGGAAGGAGAAGCUGUAGGGGAACACAAAGCAGCAGCAGAAGAAGAAGGAGGAGAAGACAAAGAGAAAGUAAAUCUGGACCUGUCCUCAGAUGAAGAGGAAGUGGAGAUUGAAGAGACCAUUGAGGAGUCUCGAGCAGAGCGCAUCAAACGAAGCAGUCUGCAACGCGUCCAGAGCAUCAAAACGGUUUUCUCCAAGGAAAAAAUGGAGAAAACCAAGCAAAAGACCAAGGAAAAUUUGGAGAAGACCAAACAGAAGACCAAAGAGAACUUGGAGAAAACUCGCAUGAAGACCAAAGAGAACUUGGAAAAGACCAGGCAGAAGACCAAGGAAAAUCUUGAGAAGACCAAACAGAAGACCCGGGAGAACCUGGAGAAAACACGUCACAACAUAGAGAAAAAGAUGGGCAAGCUCGGCAAUCGUAUGUCUGUGAACCCCGAGCGCAAAGAGAAGAUCAAGUCCUCGCAGAAGAAGAUGGUCAAGUCAUUCACUCCUGACCACACCAUUUACGCUCGCUCCAAAACGGCUGUCUACAAGGUUCCACCGUUCACCUUCCAUGUGAAAAAGAUGCGUGAAGGAGAAGUGGAGAUCCUUGGAACUGAGAUGGUGGAAGUCGGUGGGGAAGCAGAGGAGGUGGAGAAUGCAGUGAUGGAGGGAAUAGAAGAUGAGGAGAUGGAAAUGGAGGGUGGCGAGAUGGUGGACGAAGACGACGAGACAGAAGAUAGCCCUGAGAUGAGAGCGCUACUGGAAAGGGGAGAAGAGCUGGUGUUAGUGGAAGACCAUGACAGAGAUAGUGAUUAGUGUUUGUGUGUGUUUGUGUUUGGGUGCUUACACAUUAGAGAAGCUUGUAACAGAAUGCCUAAAGAGGUUUUGGUUACUUAUCAGAACAUCAGUUUCACCAAACCCUGAAAAUUUUCUUCUACAUCUCUCAGAGGACCAUCUCCAGCAUUCUUUGACAUAGCAUGACCUCUAGUGUGUAGGCACCCUGAGCAUGUGUGCUGUACUGCUAGUCCAGAUAUUGGAUUCUGCAGGAGAAUGUGAAUGUGUCUGUUUGCAUGUGUGUAUCUGCAUCUUUUCUAUCAGCAGAAUGUUUCAACAUAGGGUGACUCUAUUCACCUAACGUAUGUGCGAGUGAAAGAUUUACUGUACUAGUUAAAGUAACUAGUUCCUUGAGUGAAUCUUGUUUAUUAAGACUAGGCGUGCCAAUCAAUAAGAUGCAACAUGGUAUAUAGGGACAUUGCUGUGCUAGAUGGACAGGAUAACCAUAAAAUUGCAACUCUAUGAAACAGUUAACGGACAGAUGGCUUGAUCAAAUGAACAACAUACUUGUUGGCAGGUAGUUAUUUUGUUCUAGAAGAUUAAUUGGUCAGACUUUAUAUUACAGUAGGUGGCUUUCACUGCAUUGAAGAUUGUCUUGAUUUACUGUGUAACUACAGUCACACAUUUACUACUCAUGAGUUUGGAGUGUGGAUAGGUUAAGGGUAGGGUUACGGUUAACAGUGCAACUGCAAAUAAAAUAAUACAUAUGUUGCAUCAAAUUGUUAAUUGCGUAGUAGUUAAGGCAAUCUAAGAUAAAGUGAAACCAAUUAUUGUCUCACAAGAAUUGGGCUACAGACUGUUCUUCACUUUUCAUAGAAGGUGGAGGAACAAACCAAGAAAAGAAAACCUGAAGUAUUGCUUCUAUGUUCUCAUUUUUAUAUAUCUUUUAUACACCUUCGAGUUUAAUGAAUAAUGUUACGUUUCUGUUAAAGUCAAACUGUUACACUCAUUAUUUUUGGUAUUUUGUGAUAAAUUACACACAUAGUAAAUAGUAUGAAUAUGAAACCACAUUUAAACAUAAAAAAUUAUUAUCUCACUCUAUGGUUUUGUCCUUUUGCAUGAUUUUUACUGGAAACUAUCAAAACAGAUGAUUCAAAACAAGUAUAAAUGUCUAUAAAAUGAUCUUCAGAAUGGCACUGCAGGCUUGCUCAACAUAGGGACCAGUGCUCUUUACCCAUUUAAAACUACUGUUUAUGUAACAUUUGCACGUCCCCUGGUGGACAUGUGUGGUUGUAAUGGGCCAAUGAGCGAUGAACCCUUAGCCUCAUUUAUUGACCUAAGAGCACACAAGUUACAAAGUUAAAGCGAAACAGCUAUGAGCAGCAAAAAGCUACAGCUAAUCUCAUCAGCAUCUUAAGUGAAACACAUAUAAUGAAUAAUGAAUCAAUGCUAUUAUUUAGAGCACAAUCAUUUCUUAUAUGGGUUCAUUUCAUUCUCCUCCACGUUUAGAUACAAUUUCAGCAAUUCCGUAAUUUAGCAAAAGUUUUUCUCUGCUUUAAUCAGUUUCUUUUUUGUGUUUUAUUUUCGCUUGUGUAGCUGAUGAUGCAUAUGGAUAUUCUCUUGUAAUGUCAGUCUUAACCACUAAUGUGUUAAUAAAAGCAACCAUGCUUCACACUA